AUGUAUCUCAUCCAGAUUAGCCAAGCCUUUCAAGCCUUGCUUCAGGCUGCGGCCAAUGGUGCGUACAACGACUCAUACUUUGGUAAUGCUAUGUCUUCGGUCGGCUACCAGAAGCGUCUCCGAGCUGUGGUUCAGAGUCUGAAUCGAGGCUUUGCGGCAAAAAUGGCCUUCGAUGGCCGGCGAUACGAAGUUGUAGAGGACGGCGAGGAAGUUGGGUCGGAACGCCACGGCCACCUGACUCGAGACCAAUACAUUGAAAAAAUUGUUUUGGUAAUUCAGAAAGGUCGAGGUAGAGAACUACCUGGUAUGUUCAACCCAAUGAUUGUUACGGAGCUAUUCAAGGAACUCUCAUCGCCGUGGGGAAAGAUUGCCGAGGACCACGUCCUGGAAAAGGUCCUGCACGAAAAGCUCUCUGGGCUGCUGAAGCCACACCGAACCGGCCACCCCAUCACCUACAACCACUACUUUACGGAAGCUCUACAAAACAUCCGCAAGGAGCGUGAAAAGUGCAGACUUGCCGCAUUGAUACAGGAGGAAUUUGGGGCGGUUUCUUUGGUAUCCAAAACCUCGAUCAGCAGAACGAUGGACUUUGGGCAGUUUCUUGAGCGACUGCUUGAUCCGCGGGAGGCAGAUAUGGAUCAUUUUGCCGCUUCUGACGCACUUGACUGCCUGGAUGCCUACUACAAGGUUGCUAUGAAGCGAUUUAUAGAUGACGUUGCGGUCGAGGUCAUCGAGGCUUGUCUGGUGGGAAAGCUGAACGAAAUCAUGGAUCCGACGUCCAUUUUCACGAUGAAGGACGCUGACAUCACCCGAAUUGCUGCAGAGACGGAAGAGAGUCGUGCGGCACGUAAGGAGCUCGAGACGAAGCUGAAAGUCCUCAGCAGCGGAAGUGAAAUUUGCAAGACAUUUGCAGCACUUUAUGUCAAUGCCCUGGACAACGAAAACGAGAGCAGCGACAACACGACCGAUCGAUUCAGUGAUACUGGAAGCGAACAGUCUGCUACUGGUUCUGUAGCAACAGCGGGGAGCGCUGUUGACCUAGCUGAUAGCUCUGCUCCUGAGGCUGUAUUGGCUGAUGAUCUGAUCUAUGAGGCGGAGCCGGUAGUUGAGUAG